ACGCACGCACGCACGCACGCCGGCGGCUGGCGGGCGGCAGUCUCGCGCCUGGGCUCGCCCCGCGGCGCGCCAGAGGAUCGCGCACUCAGCAGGUUGGGCUGCGGCGGCGGCAGCUGGUGCAGCUGGGGUGCUGCGUGUGAGAGGUCCCAGAAGCGUCUGCGGCUUCACCUCCGCACCCUCCGCCUCUCCCACCCCAGUCCCCGUGCGGAGUGCUGAGGAAGGGAACGGCGAUAGCCUCGGGAACCCCGAGCACACCCUUGGCUGCUUCCAACACCGCCCUCCUUCCCUUCCCAGCCGCGGGCCUCGCUCGGUGCUAGGCGACUCUGCGGGGAGGCGGCGGCGACGGCUGCCUGUCUUUGGAGAGAUCUGCUGCCCUCCGGCCUUGCUCCUCCGCCGGGCCCUGCAGGGGCCGAGAGAGCUCGGCGCCCGCCCUUCCGCUCGCCUUCGACUGCCGGUUGGAGCAGCGUCGGUCCGGGAGGUCUCUGGGCUGAGGCGCCGUCAGCUCCUCCGGCUCCAACAUGUCCGCGGGCGGAGACUUCGGGAAUCCGCUGAGGAAAUUCAAGCUGUGUUUCUGGGGGAGCAGAGAGUUGGAAAGACAUCCUUGAUCACCAGAUUCAUGUAUGACAGCUUUGACAACACCUAUCAGGCAACAAUUGGCACUGACUUUUUAUCAAAAACAAUGUACUUGGAGGAUCGAACAAUCAGGCAGCAGCUGUGGGAUACUGCGGGUCAGGAACGGUUCCGUAGCCUCAUUCCCAGUUACAUCCGUGAUUCUGCUGCAGCUGAAGUAGUUUACGAUAUCACAAAUGUUAACUCAUUCCAGCAAACCACAAAAUGGAUUGAUGAUGUCAGA